AUGCCGCUUAACGAUGCAUUGAGUGUAGAGUUAACCAACCGAUUUGCCCCCCACCUCCCACGUUUCUUCUCUCCCAUCUCUCCAUCGCCGCCAGCACCGUCCCGCUCCCAGCACCGCCCCGCCCCUCUCCCUGGACAUGUCCAGCGCCCCGUGCUGUGCCCCGCCUCCUCCGCCUCUUUCGUUUCCACGCCACCACGGUGGUUGGUCGCGCCCUUUGGCGCGCGCCCGCGAAACCCUAGCCCCUCCAGGCUUGGUCGCCGGCACUUCACUGACGCUGCCGCACCUCCGGCUGCUCCUCCUCGCGGAGGAUGUCUUUCUCUACUUCGCCUGCAUCUCCUCCUCGACCUCCCCUGGUUGCUGCUCCGGUACAUCGACGCCGACGCCUACCUCCUAGAAGCCCGCGUCGUCCCGUUCCCAUCGCUGGGUGGACGAGGUCUAUCUCGACUCGCCCGUUUGGUUCAGUCGUCGGGGCAGCUGGCGCUGAUCUGGUCGCCGCAUGACAUCGGGAGGGAGUUGGGGCGGCUGUGUUGUCGUCGGCAUGGAGGCGGGAAAACGAGCAGGGAGCAGCGAGGAGGUGACGCCUGCCUUAACCGGGUAUAUCAGAGGAGCCGACAGGGCCGGUGCUCCCUCUCAACGGGUCCUUGUGGGAAUGCAAUUGUCGGACAAGGUGAUCAAAGGGACCAAUGCAGAUGUGGCAUUGUGAGUACCAAUCCAGCAGAUCAAUCAAUCCAGUUGGCUGAACUUGCAGAUGUGCCUUCCAAGCAUGGGAGAUAUAAUUGCAAACUGAUCUCAAAUCUAGUGGAGGAAGUGCACCGGUGGUACUUUAAGGCAGAUGGACAGACGACGGACUGCUGGUGUGGCGUUUUACCUCACUAACACUGUUGAGUUCGUCCUGGAUGAGCCAUAUCCAACUCCGGAGGCAAGCAACCCUAUAAUUUUUAAAUUCCUUAAAGUUCAUGUUUGAUUUCCAGCCGGCUGAACACAUGAUGAGCUAUAGUAAUUUAUUUUGAUCGGUAGUGAUAAAUAAAGAAGAAUACUGUAAUGUACAUGCCUAUCCAUGAGACUUCUCUACACCGUAUUAUGUGUUCUAGGUAGCAGAGGAAAUCCAACUGUAUUGGUCUGCACCGUCAUUAGCAGCAACAUGGGGGGAUGCUACAUCAAUAGUUCGAACACUGGCUAACCAGUUCACUGUGAUGUAAAUUUCAUUUUCUAUGUGAAUUUCUUUCUUGCAGAAUACAUCUGAAGCUUAAUUUUCAUAUUUUUGUCCUUUUCAUCCCAUGCUUGCCAAAGGAAUUACUUGUUUUUUUAUGUAGAGGAUUUUUCAUAGGAACAUCAUAGUAGGAGCCACUUCUUCUGCUUUAACAUCACAAGAAAAAUAUCUAAAGUAUUUUGCAUGCCCUGUACUAAACAACCAUUGAGGCCAAUUCAGUGGCAAGAUUUUUAAGCACUUACUGUGUGAUAUAACACCACAUUUCUCCGCCUUUUCUCUUUUGGUACAAUCUGGCAGUUCAUGUGAUUUGUUUUUCUUCCUUCCAUGAUUCUCCAAAGUCUUGAAGCUAGCGGUUAGACAUUAAGGAAAACUAGAGAUGCCAUAGAGAACGGAAGAGAAUUCGCUGUUAGUUGAUUGAUUAUAAAUAGAGGGAGCUGAUGAGAUGUCGGUUCACGUUUGGGUUGUCACGCAGCUGUUGCUGGAGUGUUCGUCCUAUUUUUUUUUAUCUAUGAUAUUUCCAGAGGGGCUGAUAGUGAUGCUCGAGUAGUCUUCAAACUGGGGUUUCAGGAGCUGUUCAACAAGCAAUGCUGAGUUUCUGAUCAGCAGAAAUAGCACUAGCGGUGUAUCAGUAUCACAGGCUGCAGAUAGCAGCUGACAAGAUGUCUAUUGUUGAGCUGGAGUAUUAUGAAAAUAUGAAUUGUGUUUUUUCUGGUCUUCGGUGGCAAUUCAUGUUAUAGGAUGGUGAAAUUAAUCCUGUAAAUUUUUGUGACCUGAUGCUAUAAUAUUUAAAUUCAGUUAUGCUAUAUAAUUUAUCACUGUAA